UUUAGAUGUUACUCCUUCCCGCGUGUCCGGAACCAACAGGAAAGAAAACUAAGGACAAACGUGAUUACACUUUUCGGCUUCUGUUCGUUUUUUCUAAAAUAAAUGCCUUAGUCGAGUUUUGUACGAAAGUCUUCAGGUUCUGCUGAUAAAGUUGUGGCCCUGAGAGGUUCAGCAUGUCUGCUUUUAGCCGCAGCUUGAGCCUUCUGACUGUAAAGAACCUAAAAGCAACCACAGUUUUGUCACCUUGUGGGUGGUUUGUGUUGGCAUGCAGCAAACAUCAUAAACCUAGAAUCCCAAAAGAGAUUUUUGAAGAGAGAUCAAAAGAACAUGAAAAAUAUGGCGGUGAUCCCGACCAACCUCACAAACUGCAUAUAGUGACCCGAGUCAAAAGUGCGCAUAGAAGGCCGUACUGGGAAAAGAGGGUAGUGGAAUACUUUGGCCUUAAAAAGAUCCACUUGUCAGUAAUUCACAAAAACACACCUGCGGUCAAUAACCAACUGAAGAUGAUCAAACACCUUGUGAGGAUACAGCCUCUAAAAACUCCAUACGGGCUUCCUGAUGAACAGGACAUGGCUGAUACUUACAUCAACAGCAGAGGAGAGCUGAUUGUGCAUCGCCUGCUUAAGCCUGUUGACAACAAAGCUGAUGAGUCUGAAUCUUAGUUCCACAUUGUCAUAUUCAUCAAAAAUCCAGUUAAUAAAUGUUAAAAAAUAAGAA